UUCACGGUCAAGACGCGGUCGUCCAUCACGCUGCCGACUCGAGCGGGUCUUGUUUACAUCUUGAGCGGUCCCAAUCCUAGUUGCCUUUGAACAUCUUCUUCCUCUUUAAUCUGGGUCCUUUUUUACGUCCAAAACAGAUUGUGGUCAUCAUCAUGGACGAGCACGACGACAGGCCCAUCGCAGUGAGACGUGAACGCCGCAAGAGCUGCGGUGUUCGCGUGAAGAGCGAGCCUGACACACUACCUGAGAUGAAAACACCCAGGCGCAGCAACUGCAAGCGAAAAGCUCGGUUCCCCGAACCAGGCUUGUCGAGUGGCCUGACGCCAAUGCUGCGACGCACGGCCCUCAUGAACACACCCAGCAGUCAUCGCCGUUCAUCAGCACCAGUGCCCUACCAGCACAGCGCGCCGCAGCCGCAGCCGCUACGACAGGUACUUGAUGGCAGGGUCGAGCGCCGUCAGCGACGCUCUGCCCUUCGAACCGCGAUUGACAAGCUCGACACCAAGUAUCAGCGAACAGCCUCAAGCGCCAAAGCGAAGAUCGACAACCUCCAGAAGCAGCUUCGCGCUCGCGACCAGGAAAUCCACGAACUUCAGAAUGCCACAAUCAUAGUGGACACCAGUCGUGUCUGGGACCUGGAGCGCCAGGUCGAUGACUUGGAGCGUGAGCUCAAGCAGGCCCAAGAUCAAGAGCAGACAGUGGUGCUUGACUGGACGAUGGCGGCCAGGGAUUCCUUUGAAGAACACGACGAGGAUGAAGACAUGUUUGGGAAUGAGACAGUCGCCCAAUUGGCCUGCAGCACGCCUUCUCGCCGCGCAAGAGCUUCGUUCCCGACGCCCCCAGCCACGAGUCCCAUGGCAUUUGCCCCGGACACACCAGCUACUGUGUCAAGGUUCCGUCACGCACCGACGGUACAGCGAGCACCAAGCCAUGUCGGCGUUCAAGCGUCCAUGCCCGACCCAGAAUUAGCAGCUCGUGCAGAAGAGGUUGACUCGCUCAAGCGCGAAGUCGGCAAGCUAACGGGGACACUGGACUCGUACAAGACGGUGGUUGGCAGGCUCAACCGGCGACUCCUCGAGGAUCCCUCUGGAGAGAAUGUCUCUGUGUCGUCUCUUGACACAAUUGAGGCGCAGGUCAACAACAUCCUCCAGACGCUGUCCGACCGCACGGCCGCGCUCACAGAACUCAAAUCAAACAUUGCAACACUCGGCUUCCCAGGGCAGAAUGCGAGCGAGAUGCUCACCACUCUCUCGGCUGCGUUCCGCUCUGCCCGUCUCGAACUAGAAUACCUCACACCCGGCGAAAUUACGCUGCCGCUCAGCUGUCAUGGUGCCGAGGUGCUCGAUCUCAUUCUGGACCAGCUCCGCGCCCUGGCGCACAAGGUCAAGGAGAGCGACGAGGCGGUGGAUGAGUACCAUGCCAUCGAGCUCAGCCUACGACAGCAGCUUGACGCGCGAGUGACAGCCAUGGAUGACUUGCGGAACGAGAUCACUACCAAAGACAACAAAAUCCGCGACCUGGACAUCGGCAAUGAUCGUCUCAAGGGGGCAGUCGAUAAGUACAUCCGCGACAUCUCUGAGCUUGAGCGGCUCAUUGAGCGCAUGGAAUCGGAUGCCAACGAGGCCAAUUCUACGCAUCUAGCACGUCAAGAGAUGGUCAAGAGCCUGGAGGUCCAGCUCAAGGAAACCACACAGCGUGCGACCGAGUUGCAGGACGAGCUAGAGGUCUCCCAGGCAAGUCACCAGAAGCACCUCUCCGCCGUGAACCGCCGUUCAGGGCAAGCCCUCGCUUUGCGCGAUGCACGUGUCGCUGAGCUUCGCAUGGAAAUUGACAGUGUCAAUGCCUCCCUGAGGCAAGCGCAUGAGCGCAUCAAGGAUCUCCGCGUCGAGAGGGAUACUGCCGAGGCGGAGAAUGACAGCCUCCGGGGUGUCGUGGAAAACAUGAAAGCCGAGCUGCAGCGCGUCAUGAGGAUGAGCGAAGACUUGACGUCUGAAAAGGGCGAUGAUGGGCCAGAUAUACCAGGCAAGAUGAUGUCGGGGAAGCUGGCCAGGCGGAGUAGCGGGAGGAAACGAAGACGGUACGAUUCUGGACUGGGGUUUCUCGACGAGGACGAGGUUGACGUCUGAGGAUGGCUGAGUCUUGUGUACACUCACUCUGGAUCUUUUCUUAUGUCGCAUAGAAUCUGGCUGCAUAUUUGACUAGGAUAA